ACAAGGUCGUCCACUUUGCUGAAGAGUUAUCUGUUUAUGGUUCAAAGUUUGUAUUUAUAAUACUCAAGAAGGUCUAUUUAAAACAAACGCAUUAUUUACCUUGGUAUCAUGACUAAUAAGUUAUUACCAUUCGAUUCUCGUCAAAUAAUAUGUGAGUUAAAAGAAUAUAAUAUUCAAUUGAAAUUAUUAUUUUUACAAUUAAAUGGUUGUCUGUUCGUUUGGUUAGGUAAUGAAGAGAGCAAAUUGUCCGGUUUAUCUGUAUGUUUGCCUUCACAAAUAUCAACAUUUGAUCAACAUAGUGCUACAAUCUAUUCAGUAACUGGUGCUUCACGAAAUCCAUUUAGUGAAUAUGAAGAAAAUUUAUCAUGUAAAAUAUCUAAACGUUUUCAUUGUCCUGUAUUUGUUAGUAUUAGUUUACCGCAUGAAUUUGCCUCUUUAUGGAAUCAUUUCAAUGUAAUCACACAAAGUACACUUGGUCAAAAAGCAGAACAUUGUAUAUUUGAAAAUCUUUCCACUAUUGUACUUUCAUGAUCACUUAUGUUCUUUGGCUAUGUAUAUCUAUGACAAGUUAUGUAUGUAUUCAUUUGUAUUUACUGUUCAUAUGUUGCAUUUUGAAUUUUAUAUUCUGUGUUAUACAAUAAUAAGAUUAGAAUGGC